UAUUACUACUUCGAGUAUCCAAAAAUGUCUCCUAUGUAGGCAGCUCGGUAGGUUUUGUGACGCGGCCGCUGAUGUUCGGCGAGUUCGGCGCGCGUGCGGUAGGAGGUGCGCGCGUGUGAGAAACUCCCCCCACUGCCCACCCCUCGCGCGGACAAUCCCGCUCGUCACAUCGCUCGUAGAGACCGCACGGGACAGACGCGUCCAUCCACCCGUCCAGUCACCCGGGCUCAAUGCGCGAUCCUCACCCGUGCGCGGCUUCCGCGGCCAUGCUGGAGUCAGGCGUGAAGGUGCUGAAGGAGGGCGUGCUGGAGAAGCGCAGCGACGGGCUGCUGCAGCUGUGGAAGAAGAAGCGUUGCGUGCUCACCGAGGACGGAUUGAUGCUUCACCCACCCAAACAUCACCACGACCACCAGCAGCAGCAGCACCACGACACGGGCUGCAGGGCGAAGGAGCUCCACUUCGCCAACAUGAAGACCGUGGACUGCGUGGAGAGGAAGGGCAAGUACGUGUACUUCACCGUGGUGAUGUCGGAGGGCAAGGAGAUCGACUUCAGGUGUCCACAGGACGAGGGCUGGAACGCCGAGAUCACUUUACAGAUGGUCCAGUAUAAGAACCGACAGGCGAUACUGGCCGUCAAAUCCAGCCGCCAAAAGCAGCAGCUGCUCGUGGUCUCUGCGCAAAAGAUGGUCCGGAACGCGCAGUAGAGGCUUCGAGCCUGAGAUCAAGGAAUUUCCCUUGCUUAAAAAAAGAUGCUGGAUGCGCAAACCUGUGAUACCUCAUGAGGUUGUGGAUGUUUGUGUCACCUUGUGCGCGUUGACGCGCCCGGAGCGCACAGAUGCAUGCACUUCAUGCGUUUAACAGACGUCAUUGCUGAAGCCACCAUGCAAGCGAGGAAUUUCUCCUUAAAGACUGUAAAGCACAUCGGGGCAGGUUGUCACAGGGAUGAUUUCUUAGUGUCAGGUUUAAUUGCGUAACGUUCAUUUGUUUCUUUUUUAUUUUAUACAGCUACACAGAUGUUGUUAUUUUUUUUUGUUUCGCACUGGUUUGUGAACAAAACUUUGAAAGUUAAACAUUUCACAUUUCAAAGCCAAGGUUUUCUUCAUUGUCAAACAACAGGUUUCCAAUGUGACAACUUGCCCCAUACAUUGCCACAUGCAAUGCAUACGCACGCGUGCGUGUUAAUGAGCUGUAUCUUUUGCUGCCCAAUUACUUCCAGUAUAUGACAGAUAUAUUUAAGUGUAAAAACUGGCCCGGUGUCCUCUCUGUGUGUCUGUGUUAAAAUGCCAUGCGUCUCAUUAUUUCUCUGACUGCUGCAACAGAAAGCCUCUGUUCAUUUUCCAUUUCAGUGCACUUGCAUUUGUCAGUUCUGUGUGACCCCCAGACACAUAAUCAAUAUCUUCUGGUGGCAUGUGUUACGCUCCAUAUCGAGAUUCGAAGAGACCACCUGAGCGGGACCCCUGACUGAUGUGUGUCAGUGCCAUAUAUUCUGUCUGCAGGUUAAAUAGACAUUUGCUGGAUAAUCAGAUCUUUGCAGACUCUUUAAAAACUCAUAUGGAUCUCGACAGCUUCAUUUACCCUCAGAGCUGGAGUUCAUAUUUUGUUCAUUUUCAUAUUUGAGGAGCUACAAGAAAAAUUGCCUAUAGAUUCAGUUGUGCUGUCCAUGUAGUGUUUUCUUUUUUUGAUUAUUAAUUUAUUUGUAUAUAUUUUUUAAGUGGUCAUUACAUUUCAACGUUGAAUUAUGUCUCUGAAAUGACUGUUGAAUUUUAUUGUUAUGAAAAUGCUUCUGUAAUCUUUUGUUUGAUUCAUUUAACCGGUUUCUAAGAUUUGCUUUUGACCAACAAUGGUUUUCAGGUUUUACAUUUGGUGCAAAUAAUUAAUUGUUUAUUUAAUUACAUUAUUUUUUGUUUAAGCCAAAGAGUAUAUUUUAUCUUUGUCAAACCCAUGCAAAUUUUAUUUAAUGAAGCAAAUAUUUGGAAUAUACGGUUUUUUUUUAAUUACAUUACUGCCUUAUCAAUCACACAUUAAAUAUGGUAUCUGAUGUUGAUCGAUGUAUUUUGAUCAAUAUUACAUCAGACUAAACUUUUCAGUUAAAUGCAUGGUGAAAAAUACCAACACAAGUGAGCAAGCUGUCAGUUUUUUGUGUGACAUGAAUUGUAUUUUGUUUUUUGAAGGACUGGAGUCAUUUGUUAAGCUGAUGUGAAUGCUACUUUAAUAUCUUUGAAAUAU